AUGGACCUAAGAGACCUCGUCGACUCCUCGAACAAGGUUGUUAGUGCCCACAAUCCACCACAGAUAAAGUUGUUAGUGGCCCACAAUCACACAGAUAAAGUUGAUAGUGGCCCACAAUCCACCACAGAAGUUGUUAGUGGCCACAAUCACACAGAUAAAGUUGUUAGUGGCCCACAAUCAACCACAGAUAAAGUUGAUAAAGUUGUUAGUGGCCCACAAUCCACCACAGAUAAAGUUGUUAGUGGCCCACAAUCCACCACAGAUAAAGUUGUUAGUGGCCCACAAUCCACCACAGAUAAAGUUCACUCGACACACACUGCUGGUCCAGGGAGCCUCAAAGCCCUGUACCCAGAGGAGACCAGACUAUAUACUCCUGUACCCAGAGGAGACCGGACUGUAUACUCCUGCACCCAGAGGAGACCGGACUAUAUACUCCUGCACCCAGAGGAGACCGGACUAUAUACUCCUGCACCCAGAGGAGAUCAGACUCUUAUACUCCUGCACAGAGGAGACCGGCUAUAUACUCCAACCCAGGAGACAGACUAUAUACUCCUUACCCAGAGACCGGACUGUAUACUCCAGCCCCAGAGGAGACCGGACUAUAUACUCCUGCACCCAGAGGGGACCAGACUAUAUACUCCUGCCCAGAGGAGACCGACUAUAUACUCCUGCACCCAGAGAGGAACAGACUAUACUCCUGCCCAGAGGAGACCAGACUAUAUACUCACACCCAGGAGACCAGACUAUAUACUCCUGCACCCAGGAGACCAGACUAUAUACUCCAGCACCAGAGAACCAGACUAUAUACUCCUACACCCAGAGGAGACCAGACUAUACUCCUGCACCCAGAGGAGACCAGACUAUAUACUCAGCACCAGAGACCGGACUAUAUACUCUUACCCCAGGAGACCAGACUAUAUUCCUGCCCAGAGGCAGACUAUACUCCUGCACCCAGAGAGACAGACUAUAUACUCCUGCAGAGAACCAGACUAUAUCUCCACCCAGGAGAAUAUACUCCUGCCCAGAGACAGACUAUAUACUCCAGCACCCAGAGGAGACCAGACCUAUAUACUCCUGCACCCAGGGAGACCAGACUAUAUACUCCUGCACCCAGAGGAGACCAGACUAUACUCUGCACCCGAGAGACCAGACUAUAUCCCUGCACCCAGAGAACCAGACUAUAUACUCCUGCACCCAGAGAGACCAGACUAUAUACUCCUGUACCCAGAGAGACCAGACUAUAUACUCCUGCACCAGAGAGACCAGACUAUAUACUCUGCACAGAGGAGACCAGACUAUAUGCUCCUGCCCAGAGGAGACCAGACUAUAUACUCCUGCACAGAGACCAGACUAUAUACUCCUAGAGACCAGACUAUAUACUCCAGCACCCAGAGGAGACCAGACUAUACUCCUGCACCCAGAGGAGACCAGACAUAUACUCUGCACCCAGAGGAGACCGGACUAUACUCCAGCACCCAGAGACAGACUAUAUACUCUGCACCCAGAGGAGACCAGGCCUUAUACUCCAGCACCCAGAGGAGACCGGACUAUACUCCUGCCAGAGAGACCAGACAUACUCCCUGCACCCAGAGGAGACCAGACUAUAUACUCCUGCACCCAGAGAGACCAGACUAUGAACUCCUGCACCCAGAGAGACCAGACUAUAUACUCCUGCACCCAGAGAGACCAGACUCUUACUCCUGCACCCAGAGGAACCAGACUAUAUACUCAGCACCCAGAGACAGACUAUAUACUCCUGCACCCAGAGGAGACCAGACUAUAUACUCCUGCACCCAGAGAACCAGACUAUAUACUCCUGCAGGGGAGCCAGACUAUAUACUCCUGCACCUAGAGGAGACCAGACUAUAUACUCCAGCACCCAGAGGAGACCAGACUAUACUCCUGCCUGAGGAGACCAGACAUACUCCUGCACCCAGGGGAGCCAGACUAUAUACUCCUGCACCCAGAGAGACCAGACUAUAUACUCCUGCCUGA